CUCAUUCGAGAAUCGACUCGCAAGUAAGUACAAUCGUAUUUAGACAGUUGCGAUUAUACACUCAGAAAGUCAACACUUGCUCUGCGAUAUUUGCACAAAAUGAAGCUAUUACUUUGGAGCUUGCUGGGCGUGCUGAGUUUAACACACGCCGCUAUCAAUGGCAAUUCGAAUCUGAUUUGCUACUAUGAUUCGAGGUCAUUUUUGCGCCUGGGUUUGGCCAAACUGGACACCGCCAAUUUGGAGCUGGCCAUGCAGUUCUGUACACAUCUUGUCUAUGGCUAUGUGGGAUUGAAGCCCGACACCCAUGAGGUGUUCAGCUUGAAUGUCGAUCUGGAUAUGUUUCACUUCAAGGACAUAACAGAAUUGCGCAACAAAUUUCCACACCUGAAGGUGCUACUGAGCAUUGGCGGUGAUCAUGAUGUGGACGAGUCGCAUCCCAACAAGUAUCUCGAUCUCCUCGAGGCGAAUCGGACAGCACAACAGAACUUUAUUGACAGCAGUAUGGUGCUGCUGCGUAGAAAUGGCUUCGAUGGCCUGGACUUGGCCUUCCAGUUUCCCAAAAACAAGCCGAGAAAAGUGCAUGGCUCCAUUGGCAGUUACUGGAAACAGUUUAAGAAAUUGUUCACCGGUGAUUUCAUUGUGGAUCCUUCGGCCGAUCAGCACAAGGAACAGUUCACAGAUCUGGUGAUGAACUUAAGAAAUGCAUAUCAGAGCGCCAAUCUGAUGUUGACACUGACCGUGCUGCCCAAUGUGAACUCAACUUGGUAUUUUGACGUGCCCAAGCUGCAUCCCAAACUGGACUUUAUCAACGUGGCUGCAUUUGACUUUCUCACACCCUUCCGCAAUCCCGAGGAAGCAGACUUCACAGCCCCAAUCCUCCAUUUGGAUGAGCAGCAGCGUCAACCCCAUCUCAAUGUAGAUUUUCAGUUAAACUACUGGCUGCAACACCAGUGUCCACCUCGGAAACUGCAUUUGGGCAUAGCCAGCUAUGGACGUGCCUGGAAACUGACCACAGACUCGGGCCUAAGUGGCUUGCCGGUGGUUCCGUCUACCGAUGGGGCUGGCCCAGGUGGACUUCAAGUAGCCAGCAACGAAGGCUUGCUAAGUUGGCCCGAGAUAUGCGCAAUGCUGCCCUUCAAUCAGACAGCUGUUUAUCGGGGUGCCGCAGCACCGUUACGCAAGGUCACAGACCUGACACAGAAAUACGGCAACUAUGCCAUGCGUCCGGCUGAUGAGAACGGCGAGCACGGACUGUGGGUUAGCUUCGAUGAUCCCGACUUUGCGGGCAUCAAAGCGUCCUAUGCCAAAAGCAAGAACCUUGGCGGGGUUGCUAUCUUCGAUCUGAGCUGUGACGACUUCCGUGGUCUUUGCACCGGCCAAAAGUAUCCCAUAGUGCGUUCGGUUAAAUAUCUUCUGGGUUAAUUUGUAGUUGAUGUAGUUUUCAUAAAUAAAAAACCUAUUUUUUUAUUCUAA